CUGUCUCUCCUCGAUACAGAGCCUGCCUACAGCCUGCCUGCCGCGGGGUACUCCUGUUGGGGAAAAACAGAAGAUAGAAAAAGAGGCAGAAUUGGAGGGGGAGAGACAGAAAGAGAGAGAGAGAGAGAGAGACAGACAGAAAAGGAAGCCGGGGGUGGACCGUUAAUUUCAUCCACACGCCGUCUUGAAUGCGUGGAGGAGAGUAGCCUGAGCUGCUGCGAAAACAUUACCUUGCUGAGGACCAGGGGACUUAGGAGACCAGCAGAGAGCGGUUAUAUAUAAAUACGUGUAUAAUAUGGAUCACUAUGAUGGAGACCAUGUCUAUAUGCAGCAAGAAGAUGACUGGGAUCGGGAUCUCCUCUUGGAUCCUGCAUGGGAGAAGCAGCAGAGAAAGACAUUUACAGCUUGGUGCAACUCUCACCUGAGGAAAGCAGGCACACAGAUCGAGAACAUCGAGGAGGACUUUCGGGAUGGACUAAAACUCAUGCUGCUGCUGGAGGUCAUCUCAGGCGAACGUUUGGCCAAACCAGAGAGAGGCAAAAUGAGAGUCCACAAAAUCUCGAACGUUAACAAAGCUCUUGAUUUCAUUGCCAGUAAAGGAGUAAAGCUGGUUUCUAUUGGAGCAGAAGAAAUUGUAGACGGUAAUGCUAAGAUGACCCUGGGAAUGAUCUGGACUAUAAUCCUCCGCUUCGCUAUCCAAGACAUUUCUGUGGAAGAGACAUCAGCCAAAGAGGGCCUCCUGCUGUGGUGCCAGAGGAAGACCGCACCCUACAAGAAUGUCAACAUCCAAAACUUUCACAUCAGCUGGAAGGACGGUUUGGGUUUCUGUGCACUCAUUCAUCGACACCGUCCAGAGCUCAUUGACUAUGGAAAGCUGCGUAAGGAUGAUCCAAUGACCAACCUGAACACAGCCUUCGACGUGGCAGAGAAGUACCUGGACAUCCCCAAAAUGUUGGACGCAGAAGAUAUCAUUAGCACCUUGAGGCCAGAUGAGAAGGCCGUCAUGACUUAUGUGUCGUGUUACUACCACGCGUUCUCAGGCAAACAGAAGGCAGAGACAGCGGCCAACAGGAUCUGCAAGGUGCUGGCUGUCAACCAAGAGAAUGAGCAGCUGAUGGAGGACUAUGAGAAGCUGGCCAGUAAUCUGCUGGAGUGGAUUCGUCGCACCAUCCCCUGGCUAGAAAACCGAAUGCCCGAGAACACCAUGCAGGCCAUGCAGCAGAAGCUGGAGGACUUCAGAGGUUACCGUCGCCUCCACAAGCCACCCAAAGUGCAGGAGAAGUGCCAGCUGGAGAUCAAUUUCAACACCCUGCAGACUAAACUGAGGCUCAGCAACAGGCCUGCCUUCAUGCCCUCAGAAGGAAAGAUGGUCUCGGACAUUAACAAUGCAUGGGGAAACCUAGAGGGAGCUGAGAAGGGCUAUGAAGAGUGGCUCCUCAAUGAGAUACGCCGGCUGGAAAGACUCGACCACCUGGCAGAGAAAUUCCGCCAGAAAGCCGCCAUCCAUGAAGCCUGGACCGAAGGUAAAGAGGACAUGCUGCAGAAGCGGGAUUACGAGACGGCCUCCCUGUCGGAGAUCAAGGCCCUGCUAAAGAAACACGAGGCCUUUGAGAGCGACCUGGCUGCACACCAGGACCGCGUGGAGCAGAUCGCAGCUAUCGCACAGGAAUUAAAUGAGCUGGACUACUAUGACUCUCCAAGUGUUAACGCUCGCUGCCAGCAGAUCUGUGAUCAAUGGGACAUGCUGGGAGGUCUGACCCAGCAACGCAGUGAAGCAUUGCAGAGAACAGAGAAGUUGCUUGAAACCAUCGACCAACUCUACCUUGAGUUUGCCAAAAGAGCAGCUCCGUUCAACAACUGGAUGGAGGGCGCUAUGGAGGACCUGCAAGACACCUUCAUCGUCCACACCAUUGAAGAAAUCCAGGGACUGAGCACAGCUCACGAGCAGUUCAAAGCAACGCUGCCAGAGGCCGACAAAGAGCGACUGGCCAUCCUGGGUAUCCACAAUGAGAUUGCCAAAAUUGUGCAGACCUAUCACGUGAAUAUGGCUGGCACCAACCCCUACACCACCAUCAACCCACAGGAGAUUAAUGCUAAAUGGGACAAGGUCAGGCAGCUGGUGCCGCAGCGUGACCAGGCUCUGAUCGAAGAACACGCCCGGCAGCAGAACAACGAGCGUCUGCGCCGACAGUUUGCCAAUCAGGCCAAUGUCAUCGGGCCCUGGAUCCAGAACAAGAUGGAGGAAAUUGGCCGCAUCUCAAUCGAGAUGCACGGCACCCUGGAGGACCAGCUGACGCACCUGCGCCAGUAUGAGAAGAGCAUCGUCAAUUACAAGCCAAAGAUCGACCAGCUGGAGGGAGACCACCAGCUCAUUCAGGAAGCCCUCAUUUUUGACAACAAGCACACCAAUUACACCAUGGAGCACAUCCGGGUGGGCUGGGAGCAGCUGCUCACCACCAUUGCUCGCACCAUAAAUGAAAUCGAGAACCAAAUCUUGACGCGAGACGCCAAGGGCAUCAGCCAGGAGCAGCUGAACGAGUUCCGGGCUUCCUUCAACCACUUUGACAGGGACCACUCGGGCACUCUGGGCGCUGAAGAGUUCAAGGCCUGCCUGAUCAGCCUGGGCUUCGAUAUCGCCAACGAUGCACAGAAGAGAACAGGAAUCAUGGAUGCUGAAGACUUCAAAACCUGCCUUAUCUCCAUGGGUUACAACCUGGGUGAGAACGAGUUCUCCCGCAUCAUGAGCAUAGUGGAUCCCAACAGGAUGGGCAUUGUCACCUUCCAGGCCUUCAUCGACUUCAUGUCGCGCGAGACGGCUGACACAGACACAGCCGACCAGGUCAUGGCCUCCUUCAAAGUUCUUGCAGGGGAGAAGAACUACAUCUUAGCUGAUGAGCUGCGCCGGGAGCUGCCUCCAGACCAGGCCGAGUACUGUAUCGCUCGCAUGGCCCCCUACACUGGCCCCGAUGCUGUACACGGAGCCCUCGACUACAUGUCCUUCUCUACCGCUCUGUACGGCGAGAGUGAUCUCUGAACACUCUCAGUCGUCCUGACUGGGGACCACGAGCCAACCAGCUCGAUCACCGCCACAUCCUCCAACCGCCCCAUCAGCACACUCCUGUACUGCUGCGCUCAUUGUUUGUCUGUUUCUGGCCUUAUCUUUUUGUCAGUAUCCCCCGUCUCCUCGUGCUUCUCCUCCCACCCGUGCAGCCUCUUCACUGCUCCCUCACACUCCAUCUCCGUUGUGUUUGCUUCCCACGCGAUGCAACUCUCCAGGUUUACAAAGAGGGAGAGACAAAAAAAUUUUUUUUUGUUUUUAUUUUCUUGUUGUCAUUGUUUUUCUUCAGAAAAUGAAUAAAGUUAACAUAUUUUAUUAUACUGAACAAAAAGGUAUUUUUCUUCACCUGAUUGAAAUAAGAGACAAAACUUGUAAUAAAGAAAAGAUUCAUAUA